CGGGUAUUAUACUUCCUGUCCUGCCUUUGCUCCUUCCUUUUCGCUGAAUGUGUCAGCCAUGGCCCCGAUUAAAAAGCAGGUGGUCCGGAAGCAAGGUGGGAAGAGGAAGAAGCAGAUCCUGAAGUUCACCCUGGACUGCACUCACCCUGUGGAAGAUGGCAUCAUGGAUGCUGCCAACUUUGAGCAGUACCUGCAGGAGCGCAUCAAGGUGAACGGCAAAGCUGGCAACCUCGGAGGUGGAGUGGUGUCCAUUGAGAGGAGCAAGAGUAAAAUCGCUGUGAACUCUGAGGUUCCCUUCUCCAAGAGGUAUUUGAAAUAUCUCACCAAGAAGUACCUGAAGAAGAACAACCUCAGGGACUGGUUGCGGGUCGUGGCCAACACCAAGGAGAGCUACGAGCUGCGCUACUUCCAGAUCAACCAGGACGACGAAGAGGCAGGCGGGAGAUUAAACCUGAGACGAUUCUAAUAAAUUGGAA